AUGCAUUAUCAACGUUUGAUAGCUACAAAAAAAUUACGAGAUGAUUGUUCUAUAGAUGGAUCUGUUAAGGGUAAACAUAUAAUUGAUAUAGAGGAUGGUGGUACACUUAAGAAUGUUAUUCUCGCAGAUCCAGCUAAAGGGGUUUGGUGUGAAAAAAGUUGUAAAUUGAUAAAUGUCUAUUGGGAAAAGGUCUGUUACCAUGCUGCAGGAUUUUCUUCAGAUGAUAGUUCUCCAGCAGUUCAUGAAGUUACCAAUAGCACUGCAUUACAUGCUCCUGAUAAGUUUUUCACCCAAUCAAGUAAAGGUAAAACAAUUAUCAGAAAUUUCUGUGGUCACGAAUUUGGUAAAGUUUAUUGUUCAUGCGGAUCAGGAUGUCAACCACAGUAUCAGAGGAGUGUUGAAAUUUAUGAUUCAAGAUUUAAAGGACCAGGAUUGACAUUAAUUUGUUCGUUUAAAUAUAAAAUAUAA